AUGGGUUACACCGACGCCGACUGGAAGGCGAUCAACACCAUCCGCAUCCUUGCUGUCGAUGCCACCUCAAAAGCCAACUCCGGCCACCCUGGCGCCCCCAUGGGCCUGGCCCCAGCCGCCCAUGUCCUAUUCAACAAGUUCAUGACCUUCAACCCUCAGAACCCCAACUGGGUCAACAGAGAUCGAUUCGUCCUUUCCAAUGGACACGGAUGUAUGCUUCAAUAUGCUCUUCUUCAUCUCUUCGGCUACAAGCUCUCCCUUGACGAUCUGAAGGCCUUCCGCCAAGUGGACAGCAUUACACCCGGCCACCCUGAAGCUCACGAUACUCCUGGUAUCGAGGUGACCACCGGUCCCCUUGGUCAGGGUUUCGCCAACGCUGUCGGCCUGGCCAUUGCUCAGGCUCACACCGGCGCAGUGUUCAACAAGUCCGGCUACGACCUGCUCUCCAACCACACAUACGUUUUCUUUGGUGAUGGCUGUGCUCAGGAAGGUGUUGCCUGCGAGGCAGCUUCUCUGGCUGGCCACCUGCAGCUCGGCAACCUCAUCGCCAUCUACGACGACAACCACAUUUCCAUUGAUGGCGACAUCAAGUGUUCAUUCACCGAAGAUGUACUGAAGCGCUUCGAAGCCUACGGCUGGCACACUCAGCACGUUACCAAGGGUGACGAUGACCUUGAUGCCAUCGAGGCUGCCAUUGCCAAGGCCAAGUCCGUCACCGAUAAGCCAUCGGUGAUCAAGCUCACCACUACCAUCGGUUUUGGCUCGAAGCUGCAGGGAACCGGUGGUGUCCACGGUAAUGCCUUGAAAGCUGAUGAUGCCAAGCACGUCAAGCAGAAGUUUGGCUUCAACCCUGAGGAGUCGUUCGUGGUUCCCCAGGAAGUGUAUGAUAUGUACCACAAGCACGCUUCCGAGGGUGCCGCCGCCGAGCAGGCAUGGAACGAUCUUUUCAAGAAGUACCAGUCUGAGUACAAGGAUGAGGGUGCCCAACUUGCCCGGCGCCUCACCGGAAAGCUAGCCGAAGGCUGGGAGAAGUCUCUACCUGUCUGGAAGCCUACCGAUGCCGCAGAGGCGACCCGCAAGACCUCUGAGAAGGUUCUUGAGGCCAUUCACAAGGUAGUGCCCGAGCUGCUUUCCGGUUCCGCCGAUCUGACUGGAAGCAACAACACACGUUGGAAGGACGCCGUUGACUUCCAGCCUCCUAACACUGGUAUUGGUGAGUGGACCGGCCGGUAUCUCCGAUAUGGUGUCCGCGAGCACGGCAUGACUGCCAUCAUGAACGGCCUUUCUGCUUAUGGCACCGUCAUCCCAGCUGGAGGUACUUUCCUCAACUUCGUCUCAUAUGCGGCGGGUGCUGUCCGCCUGUCCUCGCUCUCCCACCAGCGCGUCAUCCUGGUGGCUACCCACGACUCAAUUGGUCUCGGUGAAGACGGUCCUACUCACCAGCCUAUCGAGACUCUCGUUCACUUCCGUGCCCUCCCCAACAUGAUGGUUUGGCGUCCGGCUGACGGCAAUGAGACCUCUGCUGCCUACUACAUGGCUCUGACCUCUCAAGAGACUCCAUCCAUCCUUGCCCUGACCCGCCAGAACUUACCCCAACUUGAGAACUCGACCAUCGAGAACGCUAUCAAGGGCGGUUAUGUCCUCAUUGAGGACUCCAGUGCCGACAUCACCCUCGUUUCAACUGGUUCCGAAGUCGGCAUUUGCGUGGAGGCACUGAAGCAGCUCUCCGACGCCGGCAUCAAGGCUCGCAUCGUAUCAAUGCCAUGCGUUGAGCUCUUUGAUGCCCAGCCGAAGGAGUAUCAGCUCAAGGUUCUUCCUGACGGCAAGCCCAUCCUCUCUGUUGAGGUCAUGUCCACACUCGGCUGGGAAAAGUACUCUCACGAGCAAUUUGGGCUCAACCGCUUUGGUGCUUCCGGCCCCUACAAGGACGUCUACAAGAAAUUCGAGUUCACCCCAGAGGGUAUCACCAAGCGUGCGAAGCAGACCGUCGACUUCUACAAAGGUGUCAACCCACGCAGCCCUGUCAACCGUGCUUUCCAGCAGAUUCUGUAG